UUAUGCUUCUGGGGGAAUAUAAUAGUGUCACCACACAAGUCAGGCCAUCCAGAUCCUAUUCUGCAAAAUAUGCCGACAGAUCCACAAGCAACAAUCUUGGUAAAGUCUCACCCGUGGCUACUUUGUUUGUGCCAUUUCCUAUUUCAGGCCAGAGAUCUCUACAAAACCACUCAAGAAGGACUUGUGAAGACCAGUCAGUUCCUUCCAGUUCAGACAAAGAAGGCUUCAUAAAAUACCAUAAUGGAGACUAUUCGAAGCCUGCACUUGUUUCUCCGGCUGGCAGUUCUGGGUUUGAUCGCUCUUACUGCAGCAGUCAGCGUGUCCGCUGGUUGUAUUGGUGAUGGAUACUGCGGAUACGGAGGGAAGUGUUGCGCUGGGAAAUGCCUAACGGUCAGCUGCUGCUCAAACACGGACUGCGGCUAUGGAAAGGUGUGCAAGGGCGCGAUAAGGACUGCAAGGCGGGCGAGAAGUGCUGUGGUGGAAAGUGCCUCAACGUCAAAUGCUGCGCUGAAGUGAACUGUGGGUAUGGAAAAACUUGCGACUGCAAUGGAUAUUAGAGAACUCAUGGGACACAGGUUGGUCUUACAGAAUGAUACCCCAGUCACCCACACACGUGUCCCCACUCUAGGACAGUGGAUGGAUUGGGGAUCUAACGGCUUUGCCCAAAUUGCCCCUAGUCGUUACAUCCGGGUUUAUGCCGGCUUUGUCACUGACCAUUUACAUCUGGAGCUACGGCGGCUUUACCCAUAGCCAUUACAUAUGGGGUGACACUGUGAUGGCAGGCAUUGGCAGCUCAUAGCUGUUUGAUCUGGGGUUAAGUUCACCCCUAGCCAUUACAUCUGGGGUUCAGUGAUAUGGUGGCCUUAGUACCCCUUGCCAUUACAUCGGGGGUAAUGCUGGCUUCCAACCUGGGGGGAAUCCGGUCCUGGGGGGGGAAUGGGUGGGGUGAUACCCUGAUGGUGUAUGAGGGGUAUAUCAAAAUAGAACACAUACGUUGAUGCAUAUAGGGUUCCUCAGUGUUCCUAAAGAUGAGGGAGUAGGGGCUGUGAUAGGGAGAAUGUUGAAGUUGGGAGGGGGUGGGAUCAUGACUUAAAGGGGGAAAAGAAAGGGCACUGAUGAUUGAGUCAAGAAUGAUGAACCAGGCCAACUUGAAGACUAAGUGCUCCUGAAGACUUUGCAAUCUCCAGGACGCUAACUGCAGCCUACUGCAGUUAAGUUUUUUGCAGUCUUGGCGUACGUUAACUACUGUCCACUGCAGUUGGUUCACUGAAAAUUAAGUGGUGCUGAAAGUAAUCCUAACCUGCUCUCUACUGCAAUUAGCGUUACUGAAAUGGAUGUGGAUCCACCGUGAUGCCGAAGGCCCGCAGUGGAUGGGUUCAAACCUCCUUGGAAACUGCAGUUAACUUUGCUUAAGGCUGUCAGUUGGCAAGUUGGCAACAGUUACGAUGUGAAAAAAACAAAAAACACAAAAAAAACUUGUACUAGGCUUGUGCAUGAACUGGCCCUGUAGUUAGGGUGGUGUAAGGAUUAGAGAAUCUGGAAGGAUUGGUGUGACAAGCCAUAGUGUUGCAAUGAUAUGAAUCAUAUGAUCAUAUCUGUUGUCUACGGGAGGUGAGAUCUCGCCUGGUUGGAUGCUACCGGGGGAUGCUCUUAAAACCCCUGGCGGAAUCAACAUUAGGCACCAAAAAAAAGAAAAAAAACAGACCUAGUCUAUGCUGUGUGGUGAUGGCUUUUGUCCAUGGAUCCUAAUGAGAUGAUGAGACCACUGACGAAUAGGAUGAUGAGUACUUCACAAUUUGCUAAGGCACUGACUUUAUGUCACUGUGCUGCUCAUUUUGAUGGACAAGCCAUUAAAUCGUUGACCAUUUGUAAGAAUAUCCUCAUGACAGGCACCGUAAAAAAAACGCGCGUUACGUUUACCGUGACUAUGAUCCUCCUUGAUAAUGAUCUUAUCCCAGACUGGGAAACCACUGUUAGUACAGUGCAUAGGGCCAGUUGGCGAGUCAAGUUUAACUUGACGUAAAAGCCAUCAGUCGUAGACAGAUUUAAGGAAUCUAAGGAUAUCCUAAUCACAAGCUAUCUUUGAAGCGCAAUCUGCAUUCUCGUCCAAUCUCAGACUGAGAGUUGGAAUCCCAUUUCAGGAUGAGAGCAUUUGGUAGAACCUGUCGAUCAUUCAGGUCCAAUGGGACAGUGUUUGAACUAGUGCCUACCUACGUGAAUCAGCAGACAGGAAGGAGCCAAAAUAGACGGGCUUUGGUGACAGUCCCCAUGACAAAUCUUCUCCAAGCCUUGGAAAGUUGAGAACUACUGUCGGGACAUUACAUUCCGCAGUUGGAGUGUCAUGUGGUUUGGAGUGUCAUGUAUGUAGACAAGCCAUCAGUAGUUGAUACCUUGGAAGAAUGUCCUAAUGACAAGUACCUUGUCUUAUCCAGGCACUGCUUGAAACUCGUUAAUAGGACAGUACUACAUUGGGACAACAGCCGCUGGAAACGUGUUGCGUCACUCAUUCU